AUGGUAAACACGAUGACAUCCUCUCAGCAGCAGCAGACGAUGAGAGGUCCUAGGUUGAACCGGGCCUUGUCCGACCCAUUGUUUGUGCUACUCCUGGCCCUCCAGCUGCUGGUGGUGGCAGGGCUGGUGCGUGCUCAGACAUGCCCCUCUGUCUGUUCCUGUAGUAACCAAUUCAGUAAGGUCAUAUGUACCCGACGGGGCCUGCGUGAUGUCCCAGACGGCAUUUCUACAAACACACGUUACCUGAAUCUACAAGAGAACCUCAUUCAGGUCAUCAAGGUGGACAGCUUCAAGCACCUAAGACAUCUGGAAAUCCUGCAGCUAAGUAAGAACCAUAUCCGCAACAUCGAGCUGGGGGCCUUCAAUGGAUUGGCGAGCUUAAAUACCUUGGAGCUCUUCGAUAACCGCCUCACCACCAUCCCUAACGGAGCAUUUGAGUAUCUUUCCAAACUGAAGGAGCUGUGGUUAAGGAAUAACCCCAUUGAGAGCAUUCCCUCCUAUGCGUUCAACAGAGUGCCCUCAUUACGUAGGCUGGACCUUGGGGAGUUGAAACGCCUCACCUACAUAUCUGAGGGAGCCUUUGAAGGACUGAGCAAUCUGCGCUACCUGAACCUGGGCAUGUGCAAUCUGAAGGAGAUUCCAAACCUUAUUCCCCUGGUGAAGCUGGAUGAGCUGGAGAUGUCGGGUAACCAGCUGUCCAUCAUUCGGCCUGGCUCAUUCAAAGGGCUCAUCCACUUGCAGAAGUUAUGGAUGAUGCACGCCCAGAUCCAGACCAUAGAGAGGAACUCCUUUGAUGAUCUACAGUCACUAGUGGAGCUCAAUCUGGCCCACAACAACCUCACCCUCUUACCCCAUGAUCUCUUCACACCCUUACAUCACCUAGAGAGGGUGCACUUACACCACAACCCAUGGAAUUGUAACUGUGACAUUCUCUGGCUAAGCUGGUGGCUAAAAGAGAUGGUGCCAGCCAACACCAGCUGCUGUGCCCGCUGUAGCUCACCAGCCAGCCACAAGGGGCGUUAUAUCGGUGAGCUGGACCAAAACUACUUUCACUGCUACGCUCCUGUUAUUGUGGAGCCUCCGGCGGACCUAAAUGUGACUGAGGGGAGUGCUGCAGAACUGAAAUGCAGGGCCAGCUCCCUCACCUCAGUUAGUUGGAUUACACCUAAUGGUUCCAUUAUGACACAUGGUGCAUACAAAGUAAGAAUUUCUGUGCUAAAUGAUGGCACGCUGAACUUCACCAAUGUCACCAUGCAGGACACAGGCACUUAUACCUGCAUGGUGAGUAAUUCUGCAGGCAACACAACAGCUUCUGCCACUCUCAAUGUGUCAUCUACCGAGAACAGCAGUUUCAGCUACUUCACCACUGUUACAGUGGAGACUAUAGAAACGCCACAUAAUGAGGGUUUAACCACUGUGCACCAGAAAGUGGGCCCCACACCCUCUGCUGGCUCAUGGGAGUCUAUCUCCUCCACCUCAACAACCACCACCACCACAGUCCGGACCCCACUCUCCACUCGUGCCACAGAGAAAAUGUACACCAUCCCUGUCACAGAACUGGGAAGUGAUGGCUCUCUCAAUGGACUGGAUGAGGUGAUGAAAACCACCAAGAUCAUCAUUGGCUGUUUUGUGGCUAUAACCCUUAUGGCAGCUGUCAUGUUGAUCAUCUUCUACAAGAUGCGCAAGCAGCACCACCAGCAGAAUCACCAUGCUCCUACACGUACCAUUGAAAUCAUCAAUGUGGAUGAGGACUGUGUAACAGGAGGACCAGGUAUGGAGAGCCAUUUGACUCUGCCCCCGCUUGAGCAUGAGCACCUCAACCACUACAAUACCUAUAAGACAGCAUUCAACCACGCCUCCACCAUCAACUCCAUACACAGUUCAGCGCAUGAACCUUUGUUAAUCCGAGCCAGCUCAAAAGACAAUGUACAAGAGACCCAGAUCUAA